CGUCGACAGCAACAGGCGCUUGCAGACGCGGGAAUACCAGCACCAUGAGUCAAUUUCUUUUCAUAUGGUCCUUACGGAUACACAGUUUCAGACGUUCGUAACUUGAUCACUCACCUUAUUUCUCGUCCUGAGGGCUUUGGAGUCUUCGAUAUGCUUGCUUGAAGAACACUUUUGCAAUGGACACCAGUAACUGCCAAUACAGGCAAGUGCAGAGAAAAACAAGGCUACUUAUAAUUUCCCCUCCCAGGUUGCGCCCUUAUACCCAGGACCACGCGGCAAACGAGGGGUUGUACCUGUCAGUGCUUCCCACAUCCUUUCUCGUACACGCCUGCUAAGUAACUCAUUAAACACUCCUACGUAUUGAGGGUGUUGGCACGGAUUACCUGGCUAUGGCCCUCUUUUUUGCGAGUGGAGCGCUGUACUCGCCUUGCUCGCGGAAAUAUCUUUCCCAGUGGUGUUUUCGUUUUCACAAAACCGGACAGACCAACACAGCAUGAACACUCACAAAUCAGUGUACUCGUACUCA